GUCUUCGCCACUCCACCGCCGGCUGAGUGGUUGUUGUCUCCGCUGAGCUUGCCCAUUUGAAGAGGUGUGCGGUGUGUGUGUGGCCCGCGAAUUUCGGUCCCCUGUUCCUGCUCCCUCUCGAAACGGAAAACGAAUACACAAUGCUCACACUUUCCACAGCUUCCAGUAUACUCUGUGUGUAUAGAAUCAGACGAUCAACAGCCUUUCAACGAUGUCAUAUAGCUCUACGCCGGCGGUUGUUAUGGGUAUCGGUACCGGUCUCACGAAGUUGGGUUUUGCCGGUAACGAUGCGCCUUCAUAUGUGUUUCCAACGGCCAUUGCUACCCGUUCAAGUGGAUCUGGCAAGCCAGCAGCACCGGCAAAGCCUUCGUUCCUCGGAGGCUCGUCAACAGGCGCAGCGCAGUCGUCGUAUCUCUCAAGCAAGCGUGGUACUGAAGAUCUGGACUUCUUCAUCGGUGACGAGGCCAUCGAGGCUUCAAACACCCAGGCCUAUUCCUUGAGUUAUCCGAUUAGACACGGCCAGAUUGAAAACUGGGAUCAUAUGGAGAGAUUUUGGAAAAACUCCAUCUUCAAAUACCUCCGUUGUGAACCUGAAGAUCAUUACUUCUUGCUGACAGAACCUCCUUUGAAUGCUCCCGAGAACAGAGAACAUACUGCUGAAAUCAUGUUUGAAUCCUUUAACUGUGCAGGUUUAUACAUUGCGGUACAAGCGGUUCUUGCGUUGGCUGCUUCCUGGACUUCUUCAAAAGUUGUCGAUAGAUCCUUAACAGGUACAGUCAUUGAUUCAGGUGACGGUGUUACCCACGUCAUCCCGGUUGCGGAAGGCUAUGUCAUUGGAUCUGCCAUCAAGAACAUCCCAUUGGCUGGUCGUGACAUCACCAUUUUCAUCCAAAGUCUUCUCAGAGAUCGUGGUGAAGCUGACACUUCAUUGAGAACCGCAGAGAAGAUCAAACAACAAUUCUGUUAUGUGUGUCCAGACAUUGUCAAAGAGUUCAACAAGUUUGACCGUGAACCUGAAAAGUUUGCCCAGUAUAUUGUCGAGACGGCACGUUCGAAGAAGGUGGUCGAUGUCGGUUACGAACGUUUCCUUGCACCUGAAAUCUUCUUCAGCCCAGAGAUUGCCUCACCAGAUUUCCUCACGCCUUUGCCUGUUGUCGUGGACCAUGUCAUCCAGGCAUGUCCAAUCGAUGUCAGAAAGGGACUUUACCGUAACAUUGUCCUCUCUGGUGGUUCCACAAUGUUCAAAGACUUUGGCCGUCGUUUGCAACGUGACAUCAAGCAGAUUGUCAACACACGUAUCACCCAGUCUGAGAGAUUGAGCUCCGCCAAAUCUAGCGGUGUCGACGUUGAAGUCAUCUCACAUAGAAGACAGAGAAAUGCCGUGUGGUUUGGAGGUAGUUUGCUCGCACAGACAAGCGAAUUCCAAAGCUACUGCCAUACAAAGGCUGAUUAUGACGAGUAUGGUCCAAACAUUGUGAGAAACUUCUCAUUGUUCAGUGUGCCAUGAAUGAGCCAGCCAUUGAAGAAUUUGUAUACAUAGAGCUUUCCAAAAAGAAUAAAGAACAGAC